AUGGGCGGGAUGGGCGUCGUGGUGGCCAAGGCGAUUUUGCAGUCCGGCGCUGACGUGAUUGCUAUCGACCGCGACGCGGAGCCCAAGGCUUCUCACACAGAAGACCUAUACAGAGCCGCGGAGAAGAGCGGGACCGUCGUCGCCUACUACCAAUGCGACAUCUCCAACCUCGAGUCGACCUACGCUGCGUUCGAAGACGCCGUCGCCGCCGCCCGAUACCCCUUGCGCGGACUGGUCAACUGCGCCGCGAUCGGCUGGGUUGGCCCGUCCAUCAACUUCCCCGUCGAGGACGCGAAGCGGAUCAUCGAAGUCAACCUCGUCGGGACGCUGAUAUGUGCGCAGGCAGCGGCGCAGCUGGUCAAGAAGCACAAUUUCUCUGCCAGUUUUGUCUUCAUCGCGAGCAUGAGCGGAUACGUGGUCAACAAGGGCACACCCAACGCGGCGUACGCGGCCUCCAAGGCCGGAGUGCAGUGCACCAGCUCACGCGCAACCUGGCGUCCGAAUGGGGCUCCUCGACCGACGACGCGGGGCCCUCGAUCCGAGUCAACUCGCAACUUUGACCACUUGUGGACCGAGGAGAAGAUGCUGAAGCGGCUGUCCGCGCCGGAGGAUUACAGAGGGCCCAUUGUCUUUCUCCUGUCGGAUGCAAGCUCGUACGUCACGGGGGCUGAUCUGUUAGUCGACGGAGGGUACACGGGAUGGUGA